AUGACCUCUCGGGAGCAGCUGAUACAGCAGGUGCUGCAGGAGCUGCAGGAGGCGGUGGAAUCGGAAGGCCUGGAGGGUCUGGUCAGUGCUGCUCUGGAGGCCAAGCAGGUCCUGUCGUCCUUCACCCUCCCCUCCAGCCGGGAGGGGGGCUCCAGCCCCCAGGUGCUGGAGGUGGACUCCGUGGCCCUGAGCCUGUACCCGGAGGAUGCUCCCCGGAACAUGCUGCCGCUGGUGUGCAAAGGCGAGGGCAGCCUGCUCUUCGAGGCGGCCAGCGUGCUGCUGUGGGGUGACGUGGGGUUCAGCCUGGAGCUGCGGGCCCGCACCGUGGUGGAGAUGCUGCUGCAUAGACACUACUACCUCCAGGGCAUGAUCGACUCCAAGGUGAUGCUGCAGGCCGUGCGCUAUUCCCUGUGCUCUGAGGAGUCCCCUGAGAUGACCAGCCUGCCGUCCGCCACCCUGGAGGCCAUCUUCGACGCGGACGUCAAGGCCACUUGCUUCCCUAGUAGCUUCUCCAACGUGUGGCACUUGUACGCCCUGGCCUCUGUCCUUCAACGCAACAUCUACUCCAUCUACCCCAUGCGAAACCUCAAGAUCCGGCCCUACUUUAACCGGGUCAUCCGGCCUCGCCGCUGCGACCACGUGCCCGCCACGCUGCACAUCAUGUGGGCCGGCCAGCCCCUCACCAGCCACCUCUUCCGCCACCAGUACUUUGCCCCCGUGGUGGGGCUGGAGGAGGUGGAGGCUGAAGGUGCCGCUGGCCCUGCCCCGGGCCCUCCGGCCCCGCUGCUGGCCUCGGCCAACACCCUGGAGCUGCUCAACCGCGAGCCUGGCCUCCGCUACUCCCACCUCUGCCGGCGCUAUCGUGUCACCAAGACCACCUUCUACCGCUGGCGGCGGCAGUCGCAGGAGCAGCGGCAGAAGGUGGCCGCCCGCUUCUCGGCCAAGCACUUCCUGCAGGACAGCUUCCACCGUGGCGGUGUCGUGUCGCUGCAGCAGUUCCUCCAGAGGUUCCCCGAGAUCUCCCGCUCCUCCUACUACGCCUGGAAGCAAGAGCUCCUGGGCUCUGGCACCUGCCCGGCCCUGGCCCCCCAGGAGGAGCAGGGGGCCAAGGGGCUGGGAGGCUCCUCGCGGCCGUCAAGCCCUGGAGUGAUCUUAAUGCAGCGGGCCAAGUUGUACCUGGAGCACUGCAUCUCCCUGAACACGCUGGUCCCCUACCGUUGCUUCAAACGCAGGUUCCCCGGCAUCUCCCGGUCCACGUACUACAACUGGCGCCGGAAGGCCCUUCACAGGAACCCCAGCUUCAAGCCGGCACCGACCCUGUCCACCCCGGGGGCUCCCCAGCCAGCCUCUGUUCCGGAAGAGGCUCUGCUCCCUUGGAAGAGUGAGGUGGGAGAGGGGGCAGGGAGAGCAACGGCGGGGGGACCACCCUCCCCCCACGAGUUUCUGCCCCCAAAGGUGCCCCUGUCCUGUUGGCAGAGGCGCCUGCGCAGGGCUGCCCGCAAGCAGGUGCUCAGUGGGCACCUCCCCUUCUGUCGUUUCCGCCUCCGCUACCCCAGCCUCUCGCCCUCCACCUUCUGGGCUUGGAAGAGUCUUGCCCGGAGCUGGCCCAGAAACCUGUCCAAAUUCCAGAUGCAGGCCCCCACCCUGGGCAAAGUGGGGAUGCAGGCAGCUGAGGAGAAGCAGGAGAAAGAAGCUGGUGGAGAUGUGAUUGCUGUGAAUGCCCCCUCUGCUGGGACCCCCCUGCAGGUGGGGGCUUCUCCAGGAGAGGAUCCAGGGAAAGCCCAGGAAGGGCCUUCCAGAGAGGGGGCCAUCACCCAGGGCCAGCCCCACAGCAGGUUCCUGUCCAGCCACCCUGUGGCAAAGGCAGCAGCGGGUGGCAGGGACGGCCAGGUGCUGGUGAUGGACAUGCUCGCCACCACAAAGUUCAAGGCCCAGGCCAAGCUGUUCUUGCAGAAGCGCUUCCAGUCUAAGAGCUUCCCCUCCUUCAAGGAGUUCAGCGCCCUCUUUCCGCUCACGGCCCGCUCUACCUACUACAUGUGGAAGCGGGCACUGUAUGAUGGCCUCACCUUGGUGGAUGGCUGA